UCUCCGAUCACAUGUUAAGGUUUCGGGCGGAGGGAAAAGAUGGUUCUAGAGAUGGCAUCUCUCCUGCAGGCUGGCCGAGUGCAAUAUCUCGUUAGCGGGGAGAGAAAGAUCCGCUCUCCGUUGUCGCAGCUUUACUAUUGCCGUUACUGCAGUGAGCUUCGCUCCCUGGAAUGCGUGUCUCACGAGGUGGAUUCCCAUUACUGUCCAAGCUGCUUGGAAAAUAUGCCAUCAGCUGAGGCCAAGCUGAAAAAGAACAGGUGUGCUAACUGCUUCGACUGCCCAUGCUGCAUGCACACCUUGUCCACACGUGCCACCAACUUCCCUUCACCCCUCCCUGAUGACCCUGCCAAGACUACCAUGAAGAAAGCCUACUACCUGGCCUGCGGCUUCUGCCGCUGGACCUCUCGCGAUGUUGGGAUGGCAGACAAAUCCAUGGCCAGUGGAGGUUGGCAGGAGACUGAGAACCCUCAUACCCAACGGAUUAAUAAGCUGAUAGAGUGUUACCAGCAGCUUGCUCAGAGAGAGAAGGUGGAGCGAGAUCGCAAGAAGCUUGCUCGGCGUCGCAUCUACAUGCCACUGGCAUUUUCGCAACACACAAUUCAUGUGGUGGAAAAAUAUGGUCUGGGAACAAGACUUCAGCGUCAGAGAUCUGGAGCACCUAUAAGUGGUCUUGCAGGACUUUCACUGAAAGAAGCAGAGGAUCAGAAGGAGAUAAAGAUUGAACCAGUACAGGCACUUGAGGAGGUGGAGCCCUUACCUGAGGACUACUACACACGACCCAUUAACCUGCCAGAAGUCACGACACUCCGGCAGCGCCUUCUGCAGCCAGAUUUCCAGCCAAUCGGUGCCUCCCAGCUGUACCCAAGACACAAGCACCUACUGAUCAAGCGUUCCCUGCGCUGCAGGAAAUGCGAGCACAACUUGAGCAAACCAGAAUUUAAUCCAACUUCCAUUAAAUUCAAAAUCCAGCUGGUGGCUUUGAAUUAUAUCCCUGAGGUGAGAAUCAUGUCUAUUCCAAAUCUGCGAUAUUUGAAGGAGAGCCAGGUUCUCCUGACUUUGACCAACCCUGUAGAGAACAUCACGCAUGUGACCUUGCGCCCAUGUGAGGAGGGAGACCAGGAUGAUCUGAACAGCACUGCUACGGUUGUAGUGUCUCCUAAAGAGAUGCUCUUGGCUGGCAAGGAUGCUGCAGCAGAAUAUGAUGAGCUGGCAGAACCACAAGACUUCAAAGAUGACCCAGAUGUCAUUGCUUUCAGGAAGUCCAACAAGAUUGGGUUUUUCAUCAAGGUGACCCCGCAGUGCGAGGAGGGAGAGGUGACCCUGUCCUUUAAAAUGCGACAUGACUUCAGGAACCUGCCGGCACCCAUCCGUCCGACUGAAGAGGGAGAGCAGGGAAACGAACCCAUCUGGCUGACCCACCAUGUGGAGCUGAGCCUGGGGCCACUGGCAGCUUGAACUGGGACAUCGAGAGGCAGACUGGGGAUCAUUCACAAUGGGCUGGGAGCAGGGAUUUGGCCAGGACCUCAGAGAGCAUUUUCCCUUCAUGCCCCUUAAAAUAAACUGCAGUAAUAAAAAGACGGCACUGUCUCUUAGUAAAAGAUAGCUUCUAUUCAAAGUAGUGAAAAGCUAUCCAAAACAAGUGUUUGGGUAGCUGUAGGAAAACCUGUUGGUGGUCGUAUUUGCAAGUUGAUCUGUAGAUUGUCUGAUGUUUUAUAUUGUUGGACAUUUAGCUUGGUAAUAUUGAAAUAAUUGGACACAGUCAAUAGGGUUAUGGUUGAAAUCCUUUCUGAUAUUUCAGUUUAGCCCUGAUUUUUAUUCUACACUUUGCAGAGCUCAUUUUAGUGUAUGUGUUGGGCAUGAAAGUUCAUGUGUAACUCUAGUGCAGUGCAAUGUUAGUAAAGCUUCCAAACUGAAUGUACUUUAUUACAGGGCAAAACCUGGUUUUAUUUAUAUAAACAAUGUAUGUGUUGCACUGAACUGCACAGGCAACAUAUACAAAUAAUGGCUUCUACUUAAUGAAGCUACUUAAAACUUAGUAAUACAUCAAAUUCUUAGGAGGUCCCCACUGCUGUCUUUUAAGUGGUUUUAAUUUUUUUAUUUUUUGUGUUUUACAUAUAAAACAGGUUGAACUGUAAGCAAUACAGUAUGCAUAGCUUUAAUGGGUGCCCAUAGUCUUCAGUUCUUGUUGGAAAACAGCAGGCAACAUUUAAGUAGAACUGUUGUAAAAAGGAUCAUAUGGAAUGUGGUGGUUAGGUUAAAAAGCAAUUUUAUAUUUUUUAUUUUUUUUUUCCUAGUCUGCCCAUGAACCAGAAUAUAUGUUUUUCUGUGGCUAGAUAUAAAUACUGUACUUACAUUGUGGUUGCUGGUAACCCAAGUGUCUGCUCUCUGGGUAUUUUAGUGGCUGAGGCUAUCUUAUGGGGCCAUAGUGGAAGCAUGGAGUAAACAGCAAGGGGCAAUAUAUUGUUUUCUUUUAACCCUUCAUUUUCUCAGACAUACCAUUGUCCGAUAGUAUAUUGAUAUCUUUUAGGAAACUAAAAGACAGAAUUUGAGAUGUAACUGUCAGUAGUCAUGCAGGCUUUUGGAAGCGCUGUCCUUUUUCUUUAAGCAGUUUUGUCAUUGGGUGGUGGGCAAUAGAAGCAAACUGCCUCCUUUUCAGGUUUUUGGUAAGGUACUGUGUAAAAAAAUGUACCUUGAAAAAAUGAACCAAGAUUUUGCAAAUAUCCUUAAUACGUUUACCCCCCACCGCUCCGUUUUAAAUAACAUUCAGAUACUUCAAAACAAGCUUCUAAAGCUCUGCCAGUAACACUAAGAGCAAUGGCAGAUGGCUAGAACUUCAGAACUCCUCGAGAACAGUAUGAGAUUGUCAGGGACACUGCUGUUCCAGUACUUCACUGCCCUUGACUGAUGGCUCUGCCCGUUCUGUUAAUGUACCAGUGGAGCACCCUUAACACUCCUGUCUCUGCUUUAAGUGGACCACUUUGUUACAGCUUAAGGUUUUAGGAUCUGCACAGCUACAGCAUGCUUAUCCAUAAUUAUGUAUUCAGUAUAGUGUUAAAGACCUUGUCAGCACAUGUACACAACCGUCCACAGGAAACCUGUACAUAUAAAUACAAGGAAAAUUAUAAUCGCACAGGUUUUAAGACCCCAGACCCCAUCCACACAGUCUGUUCCUGUAUGUCAUGGCAACCUGUUUACAACACCAGCUUUCUGCUUUGUCUUAAAAUGGCAUCUGAUAGCUUGAUAUAAAAUCCCUUUAUUAAUUCAUAACAAGUUAACAUUUUCUUCAUUGUCACGCUGAUAUUCUGCUAUGAAAUAUACCAAGCAACUGUGAUAUCAUUCUGAAGUUCAAAGUUUUUAGAUCAGCUGUACAGCGCCAUCUUAUGGUUGUUAGCUUGUACUACAGUCUUCUAUGUACACAGUGGCUCAUGCAGUCAUAUACAGUAUAAUACAAAUACAAAGUAUACAUAAUUGCUUUUCCUUUUCAAAUAAAUCAAACCAAGAAAUAGUAUCUACAUUUCCGUAUUUAUUGUAUUCAUAGUGCAGUUCACAUUUUCAUCUAUCAGGUGGCGGUAUAAUCGUCUUCUUAGGGAAUGUGGUUGUUUCUGCAGAUAUCACUGAUGUUCACUAGGGUUGCAAUGUCUGAGAACACUGUACAAGGAUGAGCUCCUGAUGUCUACACACUAAUGUGCCUUUCCUGUGUUGUGCUGCUCUUCACAUCUGCAACUUUUACAAUGCUCAUGAUGCCCAGUAUCCAAUGGGCUAUUGUUUAAUAACAAGGUAAUAGUACCAGAAGUAUUACAUUUUCAACUUCCUGUGACUUUUUUUUUAGGAGAUUACAUUAGUCAAAAAAAUAUGUAACUGCUGUGAACAAUGGAAUACAGAAAUAAAAAACAGAUCUUGGUUAAAAGCAUACUUCCUUAUCUGGAUAUAUUCAACCAAAAAAAAACAACAUAACUCAUUUAGCUUUCAUUUAUUCUUCCGCUUAAAAGCUAUCAGAAAAUCACAGCCCCCCUGAGGCAUGGGUUAUCUCAUGUUUAUAUCUAGCAAGGCAGACAGUUAUCUUUGUCUGAAACGCUCCAGUCGAGAGGCGUGUACGUACAGCAAAACUAAACAUUAAAAACUGUUGUGAUAUUCAUAACCAUGGGGGCUACAUGGUGCGGUCUGUUAUCUUACCUACUGUAUAUACUGUGACAUUCCUACUGCCCAACCAACACUUUGUCAUUGUUCUAGUGUGAACAGCAGAUUACAUCUGUUUGUCAGUCCGGUUUUUAUGAUGCUACAAUAUGUGCAUCAUUAUGUAAUUUUAUACAUGCUGUGGGUUGUAAAACACUUUUGAUAUGAUUCAGACAGCUCUAAUUUGGUAUUGGCUGGGGAUGAGUAUGUUGCUAACAUAAUUGUUUUAAUCUGGUUUUGAACAAUGCUGGUUUUGAGACUUUGAUUCCGUCCGUCUGAAGCAUUCUCUGCCUUUGGCGGGAUAAAAGUUAAUCUGGCAUUGAUUUCUAGCAUCCAUUUAUAUGUCGGUUUUACUUUUUUGUUUGCCUUUUUUUUACUUCCAGUUUUGUUCUAGCAUCUGAUUUAAAUUCAACUUUUAAUUCAUUACAGUUUUUUAAAAGCUUGUUGUGCAGUUUCAUUACAUGUUAACAGCAAAUGUUUUCCAUAUUGAUGUGGGUUAAUUUAUUUUUUUUAUUCCAAAAUGUGGACUGCUUAAUAAACACAAAACUGACUUAGAUUCCCAGGAAAGAGGAUUGGAAUCCUGAGAGCCCGUUUAACAAGAGGCAGUGAGACCAUUGAAACAUCUAAGUUUCACUCAUUCUGCAUGCUUGGGCAAUACACAAUGGGUGCAACUGAUUAUAAAAGGAUUGAUAUUAUAAAGCUUCCCAAAAAAGUUAGAAAAGACGGGAGAUGAAAUAUUGCAAGUGAUGUACAGCACACUAGCACUCUAAUUAGUGGAAAGCGCACUGGAAUCAUUGAAGGUUUAGGAAUAACCUGGCCAUCCAUUUCAUGCACAAGUGAGAAUUUUGUUUCUUACAGCGUAGAACCAAGCUAUCAAAAUUGUGGCUACGGUUUACCAUGGGUACAUAAAAGGAAGGUGAAAAAUACACUGAAAGAUAAGACCUGACAGGGAUUUACAUGGAAAAACAUACUUUGGAGACCUAAAUAUUAUUCUUACCCAGCAAAAAAAAAAAAAAAAAAAACGUAACAGAAAUCAGGGUUUUUCAAAUAACCGCCUGUAUUUUUAUGGCCAUUUAGCGUGUAACUCAAUGUUAUAUAAACCACUUGAAACUGUUAAUAUUUCAGACAGUUAACGUGUCAGAAUGCGGGUGGCAAGGUGCUAGAAAUAUUCAUAUAGUAUUUUAAAAAUAUGCUUUUAAAAUAUGGGGUGCUUUUUUUAUAUAAGCUUUUACUGUACAAUGUAGAUGUACUGUAUGGUACAAUGAAACCAUGGCUGCAUAUAGAAAUAAAAGCUGCUGUUGGCAGAGAACAGAGAAUGAAAGGGCAGUUUCCAGUCCUGUCUAGCAUUAAGAAUGGUAGCAAUCAGCAAAUACUGAUUUAUUACAUGAUAUCUAAGCUAGGAGGUACUCAGGUGACCUGGUGUUCUGCUGCUAUGCACUGAAGUGGAAUGCCAAAAUAUGGUACCACUCAACCAUUGGCUCCUUCAACUGUAGCCACCCUUGUGCUUCCAUUGUCCAUUAGUACAGAACCCAUGCAUUACCUCUGAAGGUUAUUUGGUACUGCAAGUGGUCUCAUUCUAGCUAGACAUUGUCCAAGCUGACAAAAGGCAAGUCAAUUACUGUCUCUUACUUGAGUUACUGAUGCUGUUCUGAAUAAAGAAUUUGCAUGAAAUAAAAA